CAAUCAUACAACCGUGCGUAGCCCAGCAUUAAGUGCUACAAGUGACAUUUAUGAAGAUAAUAAGUGCGACAUGUGAUAUUUUCCAGAAGAAGUAAGUGCCAGAAGUGACAAUUCUAAUGAUAAGUGAGUGAUAUAUUGACAUAGUUCAAGCUGAGAGAGUGAGUCAUACUCUAUAAAAAUUUUAUAUAACAUUUGAUAAAGAUGAAUCCUUCAAAUUUACAGCAGUUGAGACCGAGUUCUACUGCAUCUACAUCAAGUGGAAUAAGUCAAAAACAAGAUUUAACUCGAGAAAAUAGUUCUCAAGGAGUAGGGAAAAGCCCCCCUGAAGUAGGGAAAAGUCUUCCUGAAGAGGGGGAAAGUCUUUCUGUAGGAGGUAAAAGUCCCCCUGUAGGGGAAAAAAGUCCUGUUUCAGGGGAAACUAUGCUUCCGAAAAGAAUUAUCAGUGUAGAGAAUAGGUCCGAGGAAACUACGGAAGGACGAACUUGGAGAAUUGGUUCCCGCUCCGCCUCUCUGGACGGAGACUCUCCGGUUCCAGAAAAUACAUUCAGAAGAACUGGGUCUGGUUCGUUCAUGGGAGCAUAUGAGAGUGAAGAAGAGAUUGUANUCAACUAA